AUGACACCUAACCCAUCCUUAGUAUUAAAUAAAAUCAACGAUAUUUCAUUUGAGAAAUAUGAUGCUCCAGAAAUCACGGAACCUAAUGAUGUCAUUGUCGAGGUCAAAAAGACUGGUAUUUGCGGUUCAGAUAUUCACUACUAUACCCACGGAGCAAUUGGUGGGUUUAUCUUGAAAUCUCCAAUGGUAUUGGGCCAUGAAUCCUCAGGGAUUGUUUCUGCCGUUGGAAAAGGUGUUACAUCGUUGAAAGUAGGCGACAAGGUUGCAAUCGAACCAGGUGUGCCAUCCAGACACAGUGACGCAUACAAAGGCGGUCAUUACAAUUUAUGCCCUCAUAUGGUUUUUGCUGCCACUCCUAACUCGGAAGAUGGAGGCGUCAAUCCUCCUGGUACUUUAUGUAAAUACUACAAGAGUCCUGAAGAUUUCUUGGUCAAAUUGCCAGACCAUGUUUCUUUGGAAUUAGGUGCAUUAGUUGAACCAUUGACUGUUGGUGUCCACGCCGCUAAGUUGGGAUCCAUCAAGUUUGGUGAUGUCGUUGUUGUAUUUGGGGCUGGUCCUGUUGGUUUGUUGGCUGCUGCAGUUGCCACCAAGUUUGGCGCAACUAAAGUCAUGGUGGUCGAUGUUUUCGAAUCGAAAUUGGAAAUGGCUAAACAAAUUGGUGUUGCAACUCACACCUUCAACCCUAAGCUGGGAAGCAAUAAGGAUUUAGUUGCUGCUUUCGACAACACUGAACCUUCCGUUGUAAUGGAAUGUAGUGGUGCGGAACCAUGCAUUAAGAGUGCUGUUGACAUCUUGAGAGUUGGCGGACGUUAUAUCCAAAUCGGUAAUAGUGCGAAGCCGGUUUCUUUCCCAAUGACAGAGUUUGCUACUAAAGAAUUGACUUUAUUUGGGUCAUUUAGAUAUGGCUUCAAUGACUACAAGACCAGUGUAGCUAUCUUGGACGAAAAUUAUAGAAAUGGAAAAGAAAACGCAGCCAUCGACUUUGAAAGCUUGAUUACUCAUAGAUUUAAAUUCGAUGAUGCUAUUGACGCUUAUGACCUUGUUAAGGGUGGUAAUGGCUGUGUCAAAUGUAUCAUCAGUGGUCCCGAAUAG